UUUAAAAACACCUUCACCAGCUCGAAUGAUGGAACAAUCUGCUAUUUGUAAAAAUGUUGUGAACUUGUUGCUGAUGAUUUGAGGUUUUGUUUUUUUAUUUUUGUGGUUCCUUAUUGGGAUGGGGUUCUUUUGUAGACUUGUAAGAGAAAGCAUCCGCUGUCAAGCGUCGAUCCAUAGCUCGGUCCUGGGGCCUGAUACAUUUGUUAUGCACCUGAUCACCUGUUGAUGGUGUGCAUCAAGGUUUUAGAAGUCCAUGUUCCCUCGCUCUGUCCACCGAUUUUUUCUUUUGCUGACACAACGGAUAAAUGGGGAGUCAGGUUUAUCAGUGAACGGGGUGUUCUAGGAGCGUUUUUCCUGGCAAUAAAAAAUUUUUCUUUAAAUUAAUUCUUUUCCUUUAUAGAAACUGCGCACAAAAAAAGCAAGAAGGAAGCAAAUGCGGGGCGACAUUGGUUGGCACUCCUACAACAAGUUCACACUACAACAACACACACAAGAAAAGAAAGGGUUUAAUCCUUGAGGGGGAGGGGGGUGGUAUUUGCG